CUCACUCACUCACUCACUCACUCACUCACUCACUCAGUCUUCGAGUCCGAAACUGUUUCACCGAGGUUUCUUCUCUCGAGUCUAUCCAGUCAUUUUGUGGUUCCGAAGUGAUAAUGUGGGUUCCCUUAUUAGUGAAGUGAGAGCUCUUCCAAAAGCCGUUCGUUCUUCAUGCACACGCAUCCAAAGGAUGGCUGCUGAUGAACUUCUGUCUUCUGUGUAUGGAUGUGCCUGAGUUUCGCAUCACGUUCGCACCGGUCUGGUUUCCCCAAUGCAUUUUCAUGUGUUGACACAGUAGAAAGUUCAGGAAAUGUCAAGAGGCCAACGAACGGGGCGCCCGUGAGCGUCAUGUGUGGUAAUGAGCAUCCUUUUGUACGGACACUAACAAUCACGAGGCCUGAUCAUGAACCACUUCAAGCACAAUGGAUCGAGCGAAUGAAGGCAAAGAAUCAUCGCCAAGAGUCAGAGUUGAGAGGCACCCAGUGAACGUGGCAGACUUGAAAACCAGAAUUGGAAGUCAUCACUCAUACAGCUAUGUUCACUUGGACCUGUCAAAGGGGUCACCAGUCAUCAUUGCUCAGGGGUCCAAAUCAUUUCCCUGAAACACAGUCCAACAUCUCGGUCCAUUGAUCACAAUGAUGCUUCACAACAAGUCCAAACUUUGAAUCCCAUACCAUUUUUGAGAAGUCAUGGAGGAUGAGCUUCGAAUACGUCGGGAGUCCUUGAGUUCCUCGCCCAGGGUGGCUCGUCGGAAACCUCCCAAGCACUUCUACUCACCUCGAACACGGCGGUCCAUUUCCGUGACGGCCAUCACAUCCGGUACAGCCGAGUUGGUCAAGCCGCGAUUCCGCAUUGGCGGUCAGACCGAUCCCGGCAGAUUUGUGAGUCAACAUCAUCAGGAUUUCUAUAUUGUGGGUUUCCAUGAUGACGAACGAGCUCGAGGUUCCAAGGAACCAUCAGGGCAACACCCAUCCGCCGUGCACCGAACCAAGUCCACGGGCGACGUGGAGGAUCUGGUGGACCGAAGUCAUCCCAUGCGUUUGAGUUUUGGCAGCAUGAACGGAGUCAUGCGAACUACAUUGAGCCCCGUGAGAGAGCAAUCCGAACAAGCUGGAGCUGGAGGGCUCUCGCCCGAUGUUCAGACUCAACAGGGACUGUCUCAUCUCAAGCAAUUGAGGGUGAGUUGGGGUUGGCAAAUACGAAUUUGCACGAUAAAUCUUUUCUUUCUGAACUGAAAAGCAGCUCUCUCUUCAAUCAUCUCAAGAUCGAUUUCAGGGUGUCAUGAUUUUGCUUAUCUUCCGGCGUUCUUCUUUCCACAAAUUAAACGGGUGGAACUUGCUAAAUUGACAUCCGUUUUGUGCAAAAAAACCAAAACAAAAGCCUGGUUCUAAUAGCCUAAACAAAGUAAUAAACAAUAUCCAGACAAAAAGAUGGAAU